GUAAUUGCCCGAGUCAGGAAGGUAGGCGAGCCGAGCGGUGGACCUACGGAGAAAGCACCACGGCACCGGCGCCGAGAACCCCAGCGCACUCCAGAGCGUCCCCCAGUGGCCGGGCAGGACCACGGAUAGAGCCUGCGACUCCGCUCCGGAGUGGCUCUCGGGCUUCUCAGGGCCGCCGGUAGAGGUACAGCUGCUGGCUGCGCCAGGAUCCUCGGGGCUCUGCUCACCCCACCCCUCCCUCUGAAACUCGGACUGCUUGCGCCUGCCGUGUGGCUGUUUUCUUCCGAAAGGCCAGUGUCUUAUAUCUCAAGUUCAAGUCCUGAGGACUUGCCCAGUCUCCUCCCCUUAAGUCAUUUCUACCAUCCUUCGGCAGCCUCGGGAAUCAGCGAGCUCGUCCCACAUCCAACGCGGGCAGUCCCGGUCUGUCCGGUGCAGUAGCCCGGCGCAUUCGCUUCUCACCCUCCCGCUCUUUCUACCUCCCUUUCUCUCUUCCUCGCUUUCCCCCUCUACUUCCCCUCCCUCUCUUGCCUCUUAAGUUUCCUGCACCGUGAAUCCAACUGUGCCAAGCCUAGGCUCCCGCGGAACCAACCCUGAGCGCGACCCGGGCACUGGGACGCGGACUCUGCCGAGGCUGGACAAGGCAGCGGGACCGGUCCGCGCCCGAGCAUCGAGAUGAAGCGCCAGGCAGGGCAUGUUCGGGACGCCGGAGACGCCAGGCCCGAGUAGCUCCUCCAUGGAGCUUUCGCAGAGCGGUCCCUGCUUGCUGGAUUCGCCCCCAGUCCUGUGCGGCUGCUGAGAGCGCUCUUUGCUCUAUAAAGUGGAUGUCAGGUGGAUCUAUGUUUUUGAAGGAACAAAGACUCAGCGAACGCACCGCCGAGGAAGUUUGAGACGCGGGAGGAUGCAGGCUACGUGCUGGUACGUGCUUCUCCUCUUGCAGCCCACCGUCUACUUGGUCACAUGUGCCAAUUUAACAAACGGUGGAAAGUCAGAACUUCUAAAAUCAGGAAGCAGCAAAUCCACACUAAAGCAUAUAUGGACAGAAAGCAGCAAAGACUUGUCUAUCAGCCGACUCCUGUCACAGACUUUUCGUGGCAAAGAAAAUGAUACAGAUUUAGACCUGCGAUAUGACACCCCAGAACCUUAUUCUGAGCAAGACCUCUGGGACUGGCUGAGGAACUCCACAGACCUUCAAGAGCCUCGGCCCAGGGCCAAGCGAAGGCCCAUUGUUAAGACGGGCAAGUUUAAGAAAAUGUUUGGAUGGGGUGAUUUUCAUUCCAACAUCAAAACAGUGAAGCUAAACCUAUUGAUAACUGGGAAAAUUGUAGAUCAUGGCAAUGGGACAUUUAGUGUUUAUUUCAGGCAUAAUUCCACUGGUCAAGGGAACGUAUCUGUCAGCUUGGUGCCCCCUACGAAAAUAGUGGAAUUCGACUUGGCACAGCAAACCGUGAUUGAUGCCAAAGAUUCCAAGUCCUUUAAUUGUCGCAUUGAAUAUGAAAAGGUUGACAAGGCUACCAAGAACACACUCUGCAACUAUGACCCUUCAAAAACCUGUUACCAGGAGCAGACCCAAAGUCAUGUGUCCUGGCUCUGCUCCAAGCCCUUUAAGGUGAUCUGUAUUUACAUUUCCUUUUAUAGUACAGAUUAUAAACUCGUACAGAAAGUGUGCCCCGACUACAACUACCACAGCGACACACCUUACUUCCCCUCUGGAUGAGGAUGAAUGUAGGGGUGAGACUGAAGCCUGAGGAAUUCAAGGUCACAUGACAGGGCUGUUACCUCAAGAAGAAGGUCCAAUCUGUUGCCUGGAAUGUGUCUACACUGCUGCUCUCGUCAACUGGCUGCAAAUACGCUCGUGGAAAACAAUCUGAUGUAAUUUCUGCCCAGUCAGCUUCAUCUCUCAGUAUAGUUGUAAAUCACCACAGAUUCUAAAGCCACACUUGAAGACAUGCUCUCACACAUAGAUGUACACAGACACACUCAUAUACAUUUCAGCUGGCAUCCGUCAUGAUUCUUGUCAAGAGGGCUUUCAUUGUCUGACUCAUAAUGGUUCAGGAUAAACAAUCAUCAAGCAAAAGGAUUAACUAGACAGUGAAUGGUUUUUAGCACUUGCUGUUAUGGAAAUCUCCUUUAAAGUCUUGAGUACAUGCUAAUCAAUAAUCCCCACUCAUGCAUUUCUACUGCUUGGAGUAGCUGUACUGGUAAAUACUACUGUAGGAGUAUAUGCUUGUUAAAAUGGAAAAAAAAAAUGUGUCUUUAGAGCUCAGUAUUCUUUAUUUUAUGAACACAACAAGUGUAGUAACUUUUUCCAGCAUUCAGUAGGCACAUUCAAGGUGAUACAAGAUGGCUCUUUUUUCUAUGGAGGGAGUCUGUUCUCAGUAAAGAUGAGCAAACAUUUGGAAUUUACGUGUGGGCAGACACUGGAUUACAGCUUUCAUCACCAAUCAUUGGACUUUUGCAAAGUUGAGACCAGCUAAGGUUGCUUAAAAUAAGUUCUGAUCAUUAUAUAAGAAGGGAAAUGCCUGACAGACACCAUGUAAGUUAUGUGUCUGUCUUAUCUUUACUACACAUAUUGUAAGAAAUUCAAUAUCCUAGUCUUCAUUUGUAUGAAUGGUUUGUAUUGUACAUAGUUUAACCAAGUGUUAUUUGAGCUGCUUAUUAAUAUUAACUAUGUACUUGUCUCUCUGCUUGUUAUUGGUUAAAAAAGAAAAAAAAAGGAUAUGAGGAAUCCAUUCUAUCAAUGUAGCUGUGAACCCCAUUAAAAAGACAAACUUAAUGUACAAAGCAUUUAUUCAGCUCAAGUAUUGUUGAAAGCUAUACAUAUACAACAUUACAGUCUGUCUGUAUUUAGAUAUUUUAUUUCUGGACAAAUGAAAUGUACAUAAAAAUAAAAUGCUUAAAUUUGAGUUUCAAUA